AUGGCGAGAGGAAAGGUGAAGAUUUCCUGGAUCGUGAAUCAAAAGGCUAGACAAGCCGCUUACAAGAAGAGGAUGCAAGGCCUGAUGAAAAAAGCCAACGAACUAACCAUUUUGUGUAAUGUGGCUGCUUGUUUGAUGUUUUACAGCUCUGAUGAUAAGAAGGUGGUGACAUGGCCGUCUGACGAGGAGGCUAAGGCUCUCUUCGACAAAUACUUCUCAUUACCACCACGUGAGAGGAAUGCCAAGGCCUCGGACCAAGAGUCUUUCAUCAAUGAAAACAUCAAGAAGAUUGAGAAGAAGCUAGCCGAAACUCGGAAGGUAAUCAUGGAGUAUGAGAUGGAUGAUCUCAUGUUUCAACUCCAAGUAGGUCGUCCACUUGAUGAUCUUACUGAUUCCGAGGUUGAUAAACUUAUAACUUAUUCAAAUGACAAGAUUGUGAGUUUGAGUAGAGCGUUAGAUUAUAGGAAACAUUGUAUCCCGAGAAGUGUCAACGAGCCAUCUCCUCUGAGGGAUGAGACUCCGAGGCCUUCGAAUGUUGAGUCUCAAUUGGGAGGGAUUAGUUCUGACGCGAUGGGAAGUGGAACUAUCUAUUAUAUGGAUCGAUGGCUACCCUUGGAUGAGACUCCUUUACCCCAAAUGGUAUCUAGCUUCAACCUAAGCGAACCAUCAGGUGAAGAAGACGUGGCGACCACAAAAUGGUAUCCAGGAGAGUGCAGCAAGUCUGGUGGUGCAAACGAUGAUGCCUAA